UUAGCAGUAUAACUUCUCACUUUGAAGCGUCUUUCUCGAAGAAAUCUGAACUUGAAGAGUCGAAGCACGAAGAAGUUGUUCACGGAGAUCUAAGUGUUGAAGAGAUUAAAAAGGAAGAAAAAGAUCAAAAUAAUGAUGCUGAGAUGGGAAAAAGAGAUAAGAAAGAAGAAGAAAAGAGGCUGGAAGUUGUGGAAGAGACAAAGGAAAAAGUUGUGUAUCAGGAAGAGUAUAAGAAUGAGUGAUUUGUGAUCGAAAAAGUAGAAGAGGAGGAGCAUCCAACUCCAAGUAAAAAUAAAAAGAUUCGAGUAAAUCAAGUGAAAAUACUCACACUCAGACUCUUGGACCAGGAAAAGUCAAAAAGAGAGUUCAUAUUAAUCCUCACCGACUUCUGGUUUUUCACUAGAGCCCAUCCUCAACACCAAGUACAGGUCAUUGGUAGCUUUAAUGACGUGAAUAACUUCCAAUUGACUCUAAGAUCUUCAAGAAUAAUACAAGAAGAAAAUGCUGAAUUCAUUAUAUUAGAGCCAAAGAUCAUGAUAUCUUGCACUCAACUAACUGAAAACUAUGCAAAAGCUCACAAUAAAGACAAAACUCUCAGGAUGGAUAAGAAGGCAUACAAAAACCCUGCCAUUUAUGGAAAAAUCAUUCACUUGCUAUUCUCUGAUCUGAUCGGAACUAGAGCUAACGAUAAAGCAAUCUUUGACAAAUUUAUCCACCAAGCGAUUGAAAAGCAUUGAUUAGAACUCUAUAGUUAUAAAAUGCAAUCCCAAGAUGAUUUCCAGAAGCUCUAAAUAAAUCUCAAAUUCGCAAACAUGUUUAUGAAGAAAUGCAAGAAGAUGAAGAAUGCAUAAUUAAGAAGCUAAAUGAUGUCAUUCAAGCUACACUAGAUUGGAAAAAGAUAUUUGAAGAAAGAUACUUCAAGUACAAUAAAUAUAAACUCAAGCUGAUGGGCCAGAUUGGAUCUGAACAGGAAAUUUACUCCACAAAGUUUGGACUCAAAGGAAAAAUAGACUCAAUCUGUGAAUUCGAAGACUAUGCCAAGAGAAAGGUUGUUUAUGCAGUAGAGCUUAAGACUGGAGUUCAUCAAAAGAACACAUAUCAAAACCAGGUUCUCUUGUAUAGCCUACUGCUCAGAGAAACUUUUUCUAAUGCUGCUGUAAACAACAUGUUGGUUUAUCUUCAUGAUGUUCAAAAUACUCAACUGAUAUAUUGGAGUCACAGAAAUUUAUCAAAGAUAAUCCAGCACAGGAACAAGAUGGUGUCAAAAAUUGUUCAUCCGGCUAGAAGUAUUGAUACAGAAGAGAAGAAAUCUCCAAAGAGGAAACAAAAAGAAUUGGAAGUCCAAGAACUAACCAACCUUUACAGACGUGUUGUAGUAUUUGACACUGGUUAUUCUCUUCUGCACUGCAAGCCAGUGAAGGAAGGGUUUACAUUAACUUUGUGUAAAGAUGUGACUCAAGAAGUAAAAUCUUCUGAGUUUAAGCCAAUCCUUCCUCUAAAGUCUGAAGUAACCAUCCGCCCUAUGGGGUCUGAAAUCGUAUUCAGCAUGGGAGUUCUAGAAAAAGUGAACUAUAGCAUUACCAAUCUUGAAACAGAGGUAACUAAAAAGACUAAGAUAUCCUACAAAAUUCCUAAACUAGAAGAAGAAGAUAGCUGUGAGGUCAGGUACAUCAUCAAAUAUGAAGAACACCCUUACAUGAACUCUAAAGUUGUCAAUAUGGAAAAUAGCUCUGUUAUCAAGGACUCAGAAGAAUGGCAAUACCAAUUUGAAAAGGAGUAUUAUACUCAAGAAGACAAAGAUAAGGAAGUUAAUCUAUAG